AUGAAUUGUCUGGGAUUGAUAACCCAUGAAUUGUCUGGGAUCGAUAUUCCUGAAUUGUUUGGGAUCGAUAUUCCCAAAUUUUCUGGGAUUGAUGUUCCUGAAUUUUCUGGGGUCGAUAUCCUGAAUUUUCUGGGAUCGAUAACCCAUGGAUUGUUUGGGAUCGAUAUUCCUGAAUUUUCUGGGAUCGAUAUUCCGGGAUUGGCUGGGAUCAAUAUUCCCAAAUUGUUUAAGAUCGAUAUUUCCGAAUUGUGUGUCCAGCACCUGGCCAGGUGUGUCCAGCCCAUCUCCAGGUGUGUCCAGGUGUUUCUAUCCCAUCUCCAGGUGUUUCUAUCCCAUCUCCAGGUGUUUCUAUCCCAUCUCCAGGUGUUUCCCUCACCUGUCCAGGUGUUUCUAUCCCAUUCCCAGGUGUCUCCAGGUGUCUCCACCCCAUCUCCAGGUGUUUCUAUCCCAUCUCCAGGUGUUUCUAUCCCAUCUCCAGGUGUUUCUAUCCCAUCUCCAGGUGUUUCUAUCCCAUCUCCAGGUGUUUCCCUCACCUGUCCAGGUGUGUCCAGUCCAUCUCCAGGUGUUUCUAUCCCAUCCCCAGGUGUCUCCAGGUGUUUCCAGCCCAUCCCCAGGUGUAUCCAUCCCAUCUCCAGGUGUUUCUAUCCCAUCUCCAGGUGUUUCUAUCCCAUCUCCAGGUGUUUCUAUCCUAUCUCCAGGUGUUUCUAUCCUAUCUCCAGGUGUUUCUAUCCCAUCUCCAGGUGUUUCUAUCCCAUCUCCAGGUGUAUCCAUCCCAUCUCCAGGUGUUUCUAUCCCAUCCCCAGGUGUCUCCAGGUGUUUCUAUCCCAUCCCCAGGUGUCUCCAGGUGUGUCCAGUCCAUCUCCAGGUGUUUCUAUCCCAUCCCCAGGUGUCUCCAGGUGUUUCUAUCCCAUCUCCAGGUGUUUCCAGCCCAUCUCCAGGUGUCUCCACCCCAUUCCCAGGUGUCUCCAGGUGUCUCUAUCCCAUCUCCAGGUGUUUCCAUCUCCCCCCAGGUGUUUCUAUCCAACUUCCGCCUGUUUCCCUCACCUGUCCAGGUGUCCCCACCUCGCUGCUGGGGGACCCGGAGUCACCUGUGGAGCUCACCUCUUCCCUCUCACCUGUGGGGCUCACCUGUCCCUGCUCACCUGUGGAGCUCACCUGUCCCACCUCACCUGUGGGGCUCACCUGUCCCCCCUCACCUGUGGAGCUCACCUGUCCCACCUCACCUGUGGAGCUCACCUGUCCCCUCUCACCUGUGACUCUCACCUCUCACCUGUCCCCCCUCACCUGUGA